GUGCCGGAGCCGUCGCCAUCCCAUAAGUGUUUGCGAAGCCCCGGAGCAGCUUAGGCGACUCCUUGGUUUGGAAAAGAUGGCGGCGCCGGAGCUGGGCCGCUGGGGAGAGUACGGGCCGCGGCCGCCCGCUCGGCUGGGCGCACGUGCCGGGCAGGAGCCGGCGACUGCCCUGGGUGCGGUGGGCACCAUGGACCUGGCUUAUGUCUGUGAGUGGGAGAGAUGGCCCAAGAGCACCCACUGCCCCUCGGUGCCCCUGGCCUGCGCUUGGUCCUGCCGCAACCUCAUCGCCUUCACCACAGACCUGCGGAAUGAUGACCAGGACCUGACCCGCAUGAUCCACAUUCUGGACACCGAGCACCCCUGGGACGUGCACUCCAUCAACUCAGGCCACAGCGAAGCCAUCACCUGCCUGGAGUGGGACCAAUCAGGCUCCCGGCUGCUCUCGGCUGAUGCAGAUGGCCAGAUCAAGUGCUGGAGCAUGGUGGACCACCUGGCCAACAGCUGGGAGAGCCGUGUGGGUAGCCUGGUGGAAGGAGACCCCAUUGUGGCACUGUCUUGGCUGCACAAUGGUGUGAAGUUGGCACUGCACGUGGAAAAGUCCGGCGCCUCCAGCUUCAGUGAGAAGUUCUCCCGGGUGAAGUUCUCGCCGUCUCUCACGCUCUUCGGAGGCAAGCCCAUGGAGGGCUGGAUCGCAGUGACAGUCAGUGGGCUGGUCACCGUGUCCCUGCUGAAACCCAGCGGGCAGGUGCUGACAUCCACCGAGAGCCUGUGCCGGCUGCGCGGCCGUGUGGCGCUGGCUGACAUCGCCUUCACGGGCGGCGGCAACAUCGUGGUGGCCACGGCAGAUGGCAGCAGCGCGCUGCCCGUGCAGUUCUACAAGGUGUGCGUGAGCGUGGUCAGCGAGAAGUGCCGCAUUGACACCGAGAUCCUGCCCUCCCUGUUCAUGCGCUGCACCACCGACCCCCACCGCAAGGACCGCUUUCCCGCCAUCACCCACCUCAAGUUCCUGGCCCGAGACAUGUCCGAGCAGGUGCUGCUCUGCGCGUCCAGCCAAACGAGCAGCCUGGUGGAGUGCUGGUCCCUGCGGAAGGAGGGGCUGCCAGUCAACAACAUCUUCCAGCAGAUCGCACCUGUUGGCGACAAACAGCCCAUGAUCCUCAAAUGGCGGAUCCUCUCAGCCACCAACGACCUGGACCGCGUGUCAGCCGUGGCGCUGCCCAAGCUGCCCAUCUCACUCACCAACACUGACCUCAAGGUGGCCAGUGACACCCAGUUCUACCCAGGCCUUGGUCUGGCCCUGGCCUUCCACGACGGCAGUGUCCACAUCGUGCACCGGCUCUCGCUGCAAACCAUGGCCGUCUUCUACAGCUCAGCCACGGCACGCUCCGUGGACGAGCCGGCCAUCAAGCGCUCCCGGGCCACCAGCCCUGCCGUGCACUUCAAGGCCAUGCAGCUGUCCUGGACCUCCCUGGCCCUCGUGGGCAUCGACAACCACGGGAAGCUCAGCAUGCUGCGCAUCUCGCCCUCCAUGGGCCAUGCUUUGGAGCUGGGCCUGGCACUGCGGCACCUGCUCUUCCUGCUAGAGUACUGCAUGGUGACCGGCUAUGACUGGUGGGAUAUCCUGCUGCACGUGCAGCCGGGCAUGGUGCAGAGCCUGGUGGAGCGGCUGCAUGAGGAGUACACACGCCAGAAGGCAGCACUGCAGCAGGUCCUCUCCACCCGGAUCUUGGCGAUGAAGGCCUCCCUGUGCAGGCUGUCGCCCUGCACCGUGACCCGCGUGUGCGACUACCACACCAAGCUCUUCCUCGUGGCCAUCAGCUCCACCCUCAAGUCCCUGCUGUGCCCCCACUUCCUCAACACGCCCGACAAGAGCCCUGGCGACCGGCUGGCCGAGAUCUGCUCCAAGAUCACCGAUGUGGACAUUGACAAAGUCAUGAUCAACCUCAAGACAGAGGAGUUUGUCCUGGACAUGAACACACUCCAGGCACUGCAGCAGCUCCUGCAGUGGGUGGGCGACUUCGUGCUCUACCUGCUGGCCAGCCUGCCCAACCAGGGCGCCCCACUGCGUCCGGGCCACAGCUUCCUGAGGGAUGGCACCUCUCUGGGCAUGCUGCGGGAGCUGAUGGUGGUCAUCCGCAUCUGGGGUCUGCUGAAGCCCAGCUGCCUGCCUGUGUACACAGCCACGUCAGACUCGCAGGACAGCAUGUCCCUGCUCUUCCGCCUGCUCACCAAGCUCUGGAUAUGCUGCCGCGAAGAAGGGCCGGCGAGUGAGCCGGACGAGGCCCUGGUGGACGAGUGCUGCUUGCUGCCCAGUCAGCUGCUGGUGCCCACACUGGACUGGCUGCCCGUCAGCGAUGGCCUGGUCAGCCGCCUGCAACCCAAGCAGCCCGUGCGCCUGCAGUUCGGCAAGGCGCCUGUGCUGCCUGGCAGCACCCCCACCAUGCAGCUGGAUGGCCUGGCCAGGAUCCCCGGCCAACCCAAAAUCGACCACCUGCGGAGGCUGCACCUGGGUGCCUACCCCACGGAGGAGUGCAAGGCCUGUGCCAGGUGCGGCUGUGUCACCAUGCUCAAGUCCCCCAACAAGACAGCAGUGAAGCAGUGGGAGCAGCGCUGGACCAAAAACUGCCUGUGUGGGGGCCUGUGGCGGAGAAUGCCCCUCAGCUACUCCUGACCUAGCCCCGCCGGCCCACAGGACAGUUGCACCCAGAUGGGGCCCUAGAAUGGGAAGUAGUAGGUGGGGCCAAUGAUAGGUGCCCAAGGGCCCCAAACCCCACCUGUCUCCAGGGCUUCUGAGACCUCGAAGGGAAGUCUGGUCGGAGCCCAUCGGAGCGGUGCGAGUGUAGUUCCAGCACUCAGGAGGCUGAGGCAGGAGGAUUGCCUCCAGUUCAAGGUCAGCAUGGACUACACUCUAAAAAAGGUCUGGUCGGGCCCUUUAGAACAUGCUUGGUGCUCAGCCACAUGCCUCGGUUUCCCUCUUGUGCCUGCAGAGCCCAUCCCCACUGGGCCUCCAGCCCCAAGGUCACUGGCUGCAUCUCCCCCAGGGUCACCGGCUCAUGCAGUCAGCCAGCCCUUAAGCAGUUCCCAGUGUGUGCCGAGCAAAGGGGAGGUGGGGUAGGAGGGGCCUUUUCAACUGUCCCCUCUUCUUUCUGCCUUUGUCCUGCUCUGUCCCCCUCCAAGCUGUGGCUCUGAAGCUCAGUCCUAGUUCCCUGGGGGUCCAGCCUUGUGCUACCAACAAGCGCUGUCACAGAUUAUGUCUCGGUCCCCCGCAGGCUCCAGGCGGAAAGGCUGCUCCAGACACCCUCCCUGGAACACACUAAUUGGUCGCUGUCUGCGCCCUGCAGAGCACUGUUGGGCCUGUUCUAGGCCAGCCCCCUGCAGGGUGCCCGCUCGCUGCUGAGGGGGUGCCAGGCUUCGUCUGAGCCUCAAUCAGUGUGAAGCCGGGCAGCUGCCGCCCCAGAGCCACAGGCAUUGGAGCCUGGUGGGGUGAUGGGAAGCGUGGGGGACCAUUUGUUCCCACCUGAGUGGCAUGGCUGGGCAGCCUUGGGGAGGGUGUGCACACAGAUGGGCAGGCGGAGGCCACAACUUCCAAUCCCUACAAGUUAUUUUUGGCCUUUUACAAAGAUCCCGUCAUUCUGUCUCCCUUGAUGUCAUGCUGUUGGUUUACUCAGUUUACCUUCCUCGUGUGGUCCGAGGUCGAGUCUGUCAGGAGUGGCGUCUGUCUCUUGCCUGGGGUCAGGUGGGCACCAGCCCCCACCAAGGCUGACAGGAAGCAACUUCACCCCCUGGGCCUUGGCCUGGAGCCCCAGCUGCCACGCCUGGCAUCCCUGCUUUGGGAUGGGUGGCUGGGAAACUCCUCCAAUCACAGACAAGCUGGCAGGCUGGGGGCCAGGGGGAGGUCACAUGGAGGACAGCCGCUGUGGGUGCCAUCUGGAAUGUUUUUGGUUUUGGGUUUUUUUUUGGUACUGGGGAUUGAACUCAGGUCCUUGCGCUUGCGCAGCAGGUGGCGAAACCACUGAGCUAAAUCCCCGGCCCUGUGGGUAGAGAAUCUUUGUCUUGUGCAAAACCUGAGUAGGGUUUCUGCUAACAGCAGGGUCGGCCUCAGGGCAGAUCCCCCAGCCCUUCCCUGUGCAGCCACACGGCCAUGCCAGGCAGAGCCUGUGUGGGUGGGAAGUGUCCCAGUGGCCAUGUCCACUGUCCCCAGUGCUGUCCCAUACAAUGUGGGGCACCCUUCAAAAUCUGAAUUUGAAAUAAACCACAGGCAUUUUUUGCAUACAUCCUAAA